AUGGAGCCGGCAGACCAAGAAGUUCCCUUGCAUACUAUCGACCGAACGCCCGAGUAUGAAGAGUUUAUGAACCGAUUGCGAGAAUACCAUGCGAAGCGCGGCACGACUUUUGACCCCGAGCCCAAGGUAGGGACGAUGCACCUAGACUUGCUAAAAGUCUUCAAUCACAUCGUCGCUAGUGGAGGAUACGACAAGGUUUCGGAAGAGAAGCUGGCCUGGAGGCGCAUGGCGUCUGAACUCGGCAUUGUUUCGACAAAUGAGGCUUCGACGGCCUUCGCACUCAAGGAGAAGUUCUAUAAAAACUUGGCUGCAUACGAGAUAAGCACUAUUCAUAACAAGGAGCCGCCGCCAAAGGAUAUUCUAGAAGACGUUACAGCCAAAGGCGCCAGUCUCCUAACCCGUACGAGGGAGAAUUUCCGAGGCAAGCGGGAAAGCAACGUUGGGGCGGGCGACUCAAACGCAUCGGGAGACGACGGUACACCGGUACGUGAGCGCCCUCCCGUGGAUCCUGCUGCCAGUGCGCGAGCCUCGCGAGGGUUGCGCGAAGCCCCGCCACAGCGAGUCAUCUUUCAGCCUGACACGGGCCCUUCGCGCACAAGAGCUGCUUCAGCCCAACAUAACAUGAACAACAGCAAUCCAGCCACCCCUCAACACGGUGCAUCACAAAACCACCAGCACUCCGGCAUGGGACCUGUUUCACAGCACCCCCACGGGGGUCGGGGACCAUCGCUAAUGCACCAUCCUCCCAAUACUGAAAAUACAUCCCACAUGGUGUUGUCGUACCAACCCAGACACGUUAAACCGCUGCAAUUACGCGGCGUUGCGACGCCUAGUAAUGCUCCGAAUGAAUUUCAGAAGCCUCGCCCUAGCCACCGUCAAGUUCCUGACCCAAGGCAGGCAAUGCUUCCCGGCACUGGCUUUGAUGGUCCAAAUAUUUACACUCGGUGCCUGAAUGCUCUACGAUCGGAUAUUCACGCUGAACAGUCUUUCGCCUUAAAUCAUCUGGUCAAGAUAUCUUUCGAGCGUGGUGACAAGUACAAGUUCGACUCGUUUCCUGGACUCGCUGAAGGCUUGAUCGAGAAGGCUUUGGAGGUCGGUUCCUUCUUUUACUACGUGAACUGGACCAUUUCCUGGGACUCUCAUAUCGACUCUACCGAGCCGGGAGUUUUGGAUGGAAAUAAUGGCACACAGGAUAUUCUCGAGAGAAUCGACAAUCUCAUCGAAAAGGAUGUCCCCGAUGUUCUACAGACAGAGAAGUUUUCCGACGACCUGGUUUUGAUUAAUGAGGCUGUUCUGACGAUCCGGAACAUGGUCAAUCUCCCCGAAAAUGCUUAUCAUAUGAGCGACUUCUACCCUUUGCACGACUUGAUCUGCAUUCUUAUGCGUCUACCUCAGCACGACUCACUCACAGAGAUGAAGCAUCUGGCGCUUGACAUUGCUGAGCAACUGACACCUUUCAUGACCGUCAGUUCAGAGGACCCUCUAUAUAAGAUCCUUUUGGCACAGAUGACUUCUGAUGACCGUGGUGUGAUUCUUACGGCACUUCGAGCACUUGGCCGAAUCUCGAUGAACCUGGAGGCUACGAACAAGCUUCAGAAUGUACCGCAAGAUGUUUUGCAACGCAUUGCACACUGGCUAUUACUAAAUGACGACGAGCUGAUGGACGCAUGUCUUGAUUUUCUGUACCAGUACACCGCAGUGGUUCCUAAUGUGGACAACCUCAUUCGAUCAAUGCCCCUUCAAAACCUGGUGGAGCAUCUGGUCCGUCUUUUAUCUCACGGAGCCCGCAAAGUUCAGAAAGAAGUUGUGCUUAUACCUGAGCAAAGAUUACCUUCCCGCGAUGACAUUGCGCCAAUUCCUGAGGACUUGUUGCAGGAGAUGUUGAAGCUGGAAGAGCCAGACCGGGUGCAUCGAUGGGUUCAAUGCUUCUUCGAAGAAGACGGAGGCUCGUUUGUGACACAACUGGCUGCCUGGCAAGCGUAUCAAACCGCGUUUGUUGGGCCUCUGAAAGCCGUUGGGCAACCGUUGAUUACCCCUGCGGAUUUUAUUCGAAACAGUACCUCUGUGUAUAAGGAUUCUAAUGCUCAGAUCCUUCGUGAGCCCGGCGACCCUCAACAGAAAUUUAUUAUUCAUGGUCUGCGAGCUCGGCCCCGCCCCCUCAGCCUCGAUGGCCUUGAAUAUGCUCGAUGCUUGUGGUCGACGAAUCCCGACAGGAAGAAUGAGAAAUGUGGUCGGUUCUACUUGAAAGCAGAGCAAAUGUGGAACCAUGUCAUUUCUUCACAUUUGAAGGAGGAGAGAAAUGAAGCUGGCCAUUUUGACAAUGUCGAACGAGAGUUCAAAUGCACAUGGGGCGAGUGCACCCAGUACGACCAGCCUACCAAGAUGCACCUGCAUGACUUUGCCCGACACGUACAUACACACAUUUCUACCCAACUUCCCCACUCGGACACUCAGAUCCGAUCACCCUCUCAGCGGAAACAAUGGGUUGUUCCGGCAACAACGAUGGCACUGACCUUUGAGGAGACGCUUACCGUUCGUGAUGAGAGAAAUCCGAGCGCACCUCCUCAGGCAGCAGGGAUUCCACUCAGUGCGGUCUUGAUCUUGCGCAACAUAGCCCGCAAUGUUGUCAAGACGGACGCUGAAGAAGAGCUAAAAAAGAUCCAAAAAGCUCAUGGUGAUGAGCAAGGUGGAUACAAUGAGACUCUCUUCCGCCCUGUCCUCCCCCGCUUGUUCGAAAUCCUAGCUGAGAAUAAAGCCAUGAGCCCAUAUAUUGCGUCAUUGCUCGAGCUGAUACAGGUCGAGCUCAAUGAUGACUUGAGCGACUGA